AACUUCACUCUUAUUUUUGUGUUUUAUUUUAUUGUUUUCGCCAAAUACGCAAAAAUCAAACUCCAUAACCCAAAACCUUCGAAUCUCUCUCUCUCCAAAAUCACCUGAUUUGUUUUCCCCAAAUUUGAAUUUGAAAUUCUUUGGAUAAUUUGAUUUUCUCUCUCCAAAUGAAUGCGCGGAAGCUGCUGCUGCGCGAAAAAGUUGAGGUGCGACAACUUGAGGAAGGCUUGGGGGGGUCUUGGCACCCUGGAGUAGUUGUUGGUGUCUCAGAUUCGUGCCGCAAAGUGGAAUAUGAUGACUUGUUGUGUGAAUCAGGGGAUUCCAAGCUCAUAGAGUCAAUACCUGUCACUGGUGCGAUAGAAGGUCUUUAUCAGCGUCCUUGUGCCCAGUUUAACUAUCGUGGUCGAAUUCGACCCAUACCACCUCUUCCACAACCUUGUGCUGCAGAUGCAAAGUUAACUUUUGGUGCCUGUGUUGAUGUCUUAUUUAUGGAAUCGUGGUGGGAAGGAGUAAUUUCUGAUUGUGAUGAAGAUGCAAAGGAGCGUCGUGUUUUUUUCCCCGAUGAGGGUGAUGAACGCGUAUUCAAAUUGACUGAUUUACGGGUCACUUCUGAAUGGGAUGAAUUCACUGGUCAGUGGAAAGAAAGGGGUGUUUGGAAGUUAGUAAAUCUUGCCAAGGAGCACAAAGAAGAUGGUCAUUUAUUUCGGUUUGUAAGGCGUGUCUGGGCCCUCUUGAAAGUGCAUUAUGGGUUCCAGAAAAUGAUUUCGGAGUGGACAUGUGGUGCUUAUUCUGUGUGGAAAGAAUACUUUAGAGAAGUUAUUUUUGAUAUGACUACUAAGCCUGGAGGAAAGGGCAUUUCUUUUCCUACUACUACUCGGAAACAUGCAAUGAAGAAAAGAAAGCGCAAAUCUAAGAGGUCUCAGAAAGGUAAUGCCGCUGUAUUGACUAGGUCAAUGCAGAAAACAAAAGAAAAUGAACUUAGUCUAGCGGUUAGAACGAGGCGCAUGUGUUUGAGUGAAGCGGAGGAUUCUUUGAUUGGUGAUGCUGCCAAAAAUAGCAGUCACCAGACUGAUGGUCUUUGCAUGCAAAGUCAAUUGUCGACUGUUGAAUCUUCCGUAAAUACCGUGGUUUCAGAGGCUGGUGAUAGUGGUGAGUUCUGUGGUCUGGUAAGUGCUGGAGUUCUGGAUGAAGAAUGUCUGAGGAUGUAUCAAAGUGAUAGUGUUUCAUUUAGAAACCCUCGGAUGCCUAAAAGUAGUUUAAAUAUGUCCCAAAAUAUUCGUUCUAAAAGGAAAAGGAAAUUGGCAGAAGACAAAUCGACGACACGGAAAGUGAUCCCUUCCCAACUAUGUGGUAAUAAGUUAGAAAGACCCACAGGCUGUCGCUCCAAAAUAACCAGGCAGGUGCGUGAUGCAGCUCCCUUACAGUUUCAAGAUAACUAUCCUGUUUACAAUAGUAGAGAACUGCUGUUACUUAAGCAGAAGAAGGUUGGCAGUAGUAUGAGAUAUCCUGUUCAUAGGAAAGAAAGACGAAUUAGAACUGUUAGACGUAAGAAAAGAAGUCCCAAGAGGAUCAAAAAAUUAUAUCCAAGGAAGAGUCAGGAGGCUAGUGUUAAAUCUAAAUCCACCUUGCAGAAGGAAUUGGAGGCAUCAAAAUCGCGACAAAAAGAAGGCGUAUUGAGCAGUCCUUGCGAAGGGAUUCAACCUGUCACAGCCUCUUGUCAAGAGCAUGGGCCUCAAGAAACUUUAGAUAAUCCCCAUAAACAAAAGGCUAAGAAGGGUAGAUACCGUGACUCAGUUUGUUUAGUCUGUCACUAUGGAGGUGAACUACUACAUUGUGAUCUUUGCAUGUCUUCGUUCCAUUUGACCUGCGUUGACAUUCAGGAAUUUCCUGUUGGAGAAUCAUUUUGUCCAUCUUGUCAAUGUGGCUUAUGUGGCUUGGAUCCUUCUGCCAGUGAUGAUCAACUAUUUACUCAAGUUUGUUACCAGUGUAGCCGCCAAUAUCAUGUGGCUUGCCUAAACGAAGCAAAAACGUCAUAUUCUGAUGACUCUUUCCUGGACAAGUUCUGUAGCAGAAGCUGUUUUGAGAUAUGUGCUCGCCUUCAUGAACUCUUGCGAAUUUCAAAUCCAACAUCAGUGGAAGGCUUAACCUGGACCAUCACAAGAUCUAGAAGAAACGAUUGUAACGUAUACAAUGAACGAGCUCAUCCCCUCAUUCAGGUGUCUCAAGUUCUAAAUGUUUUUCAUGAGUGCUUUGAACCUAUACUUGAGCCCCACACUGGGAGGGAUUUAGUUGCGGACGUUGUUUACAAUUCUGGGUCAAAAUUCCGGAGAUUGGAUUUCCAUGGGUUCUAUGUAAUAGCUUUGGUUAAAGGCGAGGAACUUGCUUGUGUUGCUACUAUCAGAAUCCAUGGUCGGAAAGUGGCAGAGAUGCCACUUAUAGCUACACCUUUCAAGUAUCGUCGAAAGGGUAUGUGUCGGCUUCUUGUCAAUGAGCUAGAAAAGAUGCUUGUAGAAAUGGGUGUUGAAAGAUUGGUAUUGCCAGCUAUAGCUCAGCUCAGUGAUACCUGGGUUUCGUCAUUUGGUUUUGCGGAGAUGCCAACGCUUUUAAGGAGAGAAUUGUUAGGGUAUCCGUUUGUUCUUUUUACGGGGACCACAUUGUUUCAGAAGAUUCCUGGAAGAUCUGCUCCAGCAGAUUCUUUGCCAGCAACAAGGAAGUUGGAAAAGACUGGAGCAAGACUUGUGAAGAAAAAUUACGCAAAGGAUGAACUCAACAAGAGGUUCAAUCUUUGUUACAGAAGAAGAGGGAAACUUGAAGCACCUGGUAAAGAUAAGACAGAAAUGGACGGAUCAGACAAGAACCAGUCCGCAUACAAGUGUGUUUACAAGCGAAGGAGGGUUCAGGCAAGCAGAGUUUGCAAGACAGUGAUGGAUGGAUUAUACAGGAACCAAUCCGCCACAUACAAGUGCGUGUACAAGCGGCGGAGGAUUCAGGCAAGCAGAGGUUAUAUGAGUAGCUAGCUAAUAGUUUCGAAGCCCUAGUGAAAAAUGUACAUUAUUAGAGUGCAUUUUAGUCCUCGGCGGAAGUUGGCCUUUGUCCUUCAACUUUUUAGAAGAAGGCGAGGGGAGAAAGAAAACGAGAAAGAAAGAAAGAAAGAAAGAAAG